AUGUCCUUCCUGACCUACCUGGGAUACUUCCUGGGAGGCUACACUGCUCUCACGAUAGUCCUCUACGCACUCUCCCCGAUGUUCUCCAAGGCAGGCUUCGCCGCCCGCUGUCUGGCCUCUUACAUCUCGCUCGUCUUUUGUACGCUGUACGGCGUUGCCGCCUCUAUCGUCCUCGGCAUCCUGGGCCAGAGGCAGAUAUCGCAAUGGGCCACGGCGCGCUGCUUCAAGUACAUCAUGGCCGCGACCACGGGCGUCACCUUUGAGGUGAUCGACCCCAACGGCUACCUGGACAAGACGCGCCCGGCCGUCUUCCUCGGCAACCACCAGACAGAGCUCGACGUGCUCAUGCUGGGGUGCAUGUUCCCCAAGUACUGCAGCGUGACGGCCAAGAGCAGCCUGAAGAAGACGCCGUUCCUGGGCUGGUUCAUGACGCUGAGCGGGUCCAUCUUCAUCGACCGCAAGAACAGCAAGGACGCGCGCGAGGCCAUGAAGGGCGCUGCGGACCAGAUGACCAAGAUGAAGCAGAGCGUGUACAUGUUCCCCGAGGGUACCCGGAGCUAUGCCAAGGAGCCCAUGCUGCUGCCCUUCAAGAAGGGUGCUUUCCACCUGGCCGUCCAGGCGCAGGUCCCGAUCGUGCCUGUUGUGGCCGCCAACUAUAGCCACGUGCUGCACCCCAAGGAUUAUGUCUUCGAAUCGGGCCGGAUCCCCUGCAAAGUUCUCGAGCCUAUUCAGACCACCGGUCUGACCACAGCGGAUGUCGAUGCACUCUGUACGAGGACGCGGGAGCUGAUGCUGAAGGAGAUUAUCAACCUCACAUAUAAAGCCCGUGGUCAGGAGGCACCCAUACCAGCAUCGACAGCGAAAGCUAGUGGUGUCGACCUGAAGCAAUGA